ACAGUCUGUCGGACCAAUACAAAUGACGCUGCCGCAGUUUUGGAGUAUAGUGGGCAAAUUUGAAGUCUAGCGUUCAAUCUCAAAUUGUGAUCUGAUAAUAAUUGUGUCAUAUCAUUGUAAGUUAAUCAACGAGUAAAGUAUGUUAAAUGUAUUUGACUGACAACAGGCUAGUUAGCUAUAGCUAGUAAGGUGAACUACGAUACAGGAGGUUCCCACGAGUUUUGAAGGAUUCUUCAGUUUCUGAUCUCGUUUGAAAUCCCAUGCUAAGUCGAGCCUCUGCGUUGUUUGGAAAUUUAGCGAAGAGAAGCAGUGAACAUCUGGCUCUGUUGUGCACCAGCUGUGUUAUGGCGAAGAGUAAGUUUGAGUACGUGCGCUGCUUUGAGACUGAUGACACGUGCUUACGGAACUGCUACAUCGUCGUUCGGCUGGAUGGCCGCAAUUUUCACAAGUUUGCCGAGCAGCACAACUUUAUGAAGCCCAAUGAUGACAGAGCUUUAGGCCUGAUGGCCCGCAGCGCACGCUCCGUCAUGGAGGAUCUAGAGGACAUUGCUAUAGCUUAUGGGCAGAGCGAUGAGUUCAGCUUUGUUUUUAAGAGAUCAACCAACUGGUUCAAAAGAAGAGGAAGUAAACUGAUGACCCAUGUGGCAUCACAGUUCUCCUCCAGCUAUGUGUUUUAUUGGAAGGAGUAUUUUGGAGAGCAGCCGCUGCUCUAUCCUCCGGGCUUCGAUGGCAGAGUUGUUUUAUAUCCGACCAACCGUAAUUUAAAAGACUACUUAAGCUGGAGACAGGCUGACUGCCACAUUAACAACUUGUACAACACUGCUUUUUGGACCCUGGUGCAUAAGGGUGGACUCUCCACAACUCAAGCAGAGGAGAGACUAAAUGGAACUUUGUCUGCAGAUAAGAAUGAAAUGUUGUUUUCAGAGUUUAAUAUGAAUUACAACAAUGAAUCACCUCUGCACAGAAAAGGCACCACAUUGAUCUGGGAAAAAGUCGAUGAAACGUCAACUAAAAGGAUCACGUUACCCAAGGAAGGAGAAAAAGAGGUCACUUUUACACGGAGCAGAAGAAAAGUUACCGCUCAUAACUGUGAUAUAAUUGGAGAUUUGUUCUGGGAAGAACAUCCAGACAUUUUAGAGGAAGACAGCUGCUGAAUAUAAACAUGGUGAAAAGACUGGAGCUGGACUAGUAAAUGUUUUAGUGUGGACACAAACAUAAUAUUAUGAUUUUCUUUACUUCCAGAAAAUAAAAAGUUUAAAUAUAUAGUAGUUUUUUUUUUGUAGUGUUUUUAUUUGCCAGGUUAAAGAAUGACUGACUCAUGUGCUCUGCUUUCAGAAGGAAAAUGCUAUUCCUAGUUAUACUUAAGCAACUGUUCUAUUCUCUGAAUGAAGUCAAAGGCAAGACAUGUUCAAUCAGAGUAUGUUCCUGUGCAUACCUGAACAUUCAGGUCACUAACCAUGUCAGAUUAUUUAUUUGGGUACAAGGAAGAACCUGGAUUAACAUGCACCUCAGCUCUGACACCACAAGGUGGCACCAUGUAGCUUUCAGACAUGCUCUGGACUAUGACCUACAUAUUAAAUCUUGUCAGCUACCUCUAUGGAGGCUUCUGCAUUGUUUGGUGGGAUUUUAUAAUCAGUUAAAUAGAAAAUAUUGUGCCUAUUACAGUCAAUGAAAUCAUUAGCUCCUAGUGCAUUACAAUAACAUGCUAAAUAAAUAAAAAGGACGUGCACUUCGUUGUUCUAUUAAAUUCUAUUAAAUCACAAAAUACUAAAUCUGGGUCUUAACCUGAGCUCAGGUUUGUGCUGAUUUGGAGUUUCCCCAUGUUCUCCACAUGUCUGCAUGGGUUUUCUCUGGAUUCUUUGGCUGCCUCCCACCUCCCAAAAACGUGUACAGUAAGUAGGUGGAUUGUCUAGAUGAAUUGCCGUAAGUGUGAAUAUGAGCGUGCAUGGUGCAUGGCCCAACAAUCUUUAACUUAACAUAAUGAGAACAUUGUCUGUCUUUAACACGGUCAUUAUUUGUGAUUUGUUUUUGUCAGUAUGUCAUUUCCUGUGGACUGAGGAAUCUUUUCACACUAUCACUUCAAUUUGUGCCUUUGAUCAUGCUGUUUCUGACUGCAGUACCAACAUCACUGUUAUUAAUGUAGAACCGUUAUUUUAAUGAAUGAUUUCUGCAGCACACACUGGCUUACAGACCAGAACUUUCUAACCUAAUUGGUGGCUUCCUAAACUCGAAUCUGCUGCUGAUUCACACACACAUUCAAAUCCUUAUUGAGCUAACAAAAAAGAAUACACACACAUAUACAUGCACAC